CGAUUCGGGAAAGACUCUCCGAGAUCCGGUGGUCAUCAUCUAGCGCUUGCCGAUAGGAGUCAGUCCCGACGCCGAAGAGGAGCAGAAGAUGACGACGAUACGCAGGUUCUGCUGCGACGACCUCCUCCGCUUCGCCUCCGUCAACCUCGACCACCUUACCGAAACCUUCAACAUGUCGUUCUACAUGACCUACUUGGCGAGAUGGCCCGAUUACUUCCACGUCGCCGAAGGCCCCGGGAAGCGGAUCAUGGGUUACAUUAUGGGAAAAGUUGAAGGGCAGGGUGAAUCUUGGCAUGGACAUGUAACUGCUGUAACUGUUGCUCCAGAGUAUCGGAGGCAACAGGUGGCUAAGAAACUGAUGAAUCUGCUGGAAGAGAAUAGUGACAAGAUUGAUAAGGCUUACUUUGUUGAUCUGUUUGUGCGGGCGUCAAACACGCCAGCCAUAAAGAUGUAUGAAAAGCUUGGAUACGUAAUUUAUAGAAGGGUGCUACGCUAUUAUUCUGGCGAAGAAGAUGCUUUAGAUAUGAGAAAAGCUUUGUCUCGGGACGUCGAGAAGAAGUCCAUCAUUCCCCUCAAACGGCCAAUAACUCCUGAUGAACUGGAGUACGACUAGAGAUUUCCAUCUACUCGCGGACGAGGAUGAUGACUUUAGUAUUGCUCCCCACUGUAUUGCCGGGCCUCCUUGUUCACAUGGACACACGAACGAACGAACGAACUGUAUCCCUUCUCCUAUUCGUUUGAACAUGGAUUUUCAAAUGUCUCGAAGAUGAGUCAUUUUCAUCCGAACUUUCA